AUGGGGACAAUUUGGUUUCCAGUUUUGUAUCUUCUGUUAGCAACAUCUCCACUUGCUGAACUUCAAGAAACUCAUCUGUUGCAGCACAAGCAGGCUAGCAUCCGCCUUGACAUAUAUCAUGAUCAUGGACCUGCUACUUCUCACAACCUCACAUCCAAACAUAAAACUCCUAUAUUCUUCUCUGAUGUACUCUUACGCAAUGAAGAACGUGUCAAGGCUCUCCAUUCCAGACUAGUAAACAAGUCCUCCUCCUCUUCCUUAGUAGCCUCAAAGAAAGCAGGAGUACCAACAAAAUUAAAAUCCAUUAGCAUCCCAUUGAAUCCAGCUUUAUCCAUUGGCUCAGGCAAUUACUAUGUGAAAAUAGGCCUUGGCACCCCCACCAAAUAUUAUACCAUGGUUUUGGACACUGGAAGCUCCUUCUGUUGGCUCCAGUGCCGACCUUGUAUUUCCUGUCACACACAAGUAGACCCUCUUUUUGAUCCCUCCAAAUCCAAGACAUACAAAACCUUGUCAUGUCACACUUCCCAAUGCUCUUCAGUUAAGGAUGCCACAUUUAACAAUCCCUCAUGUGAUGCUAAAUCUUCUAAUGCUUGUGAGUACACAGCAAGCUAUGGCGAUACUUCUCAAUCACAAGGCUAUUUAAGCCAAGAUUUAUUGACCUUAGCCCCAUUUCAGACGCUGCCUGGUUUUGUAUACGGUUGUGGAAAGAACAACCUAGGUAUGUUUGGCACAAGUGAUGGUAUUAUAGGCCUUGCUCGGCACCAGCUCUCCUUGUUGUCCCAGCUGUCCCCCAAAUACGGCUCUGCCUUCUCCUACUGUCUCCCUACAGUUUCUCCAGGAAGAGGAGGUUUCUUGUCCAUUGGAAAAUUGUCUUUGGCCGUGCCUAAUAUUAGUACAGCCUACAAGUUCACCCCCAUGCUUUCGGAUUCUGCAGCCCCCAACUUAUACUUCCUAAGGUUAACUGCUAUAACUGUGGCAGGUAGGCGGCUGGAAGUGAGUCCUGCCAGCUACAGAGUCCCUACAGUCAUGGAUACUGGAACUAUUAUAACACGCUUGCCUGAGUCUGUGUAUACAGCACUGAGAAAAGCCUUUGUGAAUGUCAUGUCCAAAAGAUAUGCACAAGCCCCAGCUUAUUCCAUACUUGAUACUUGUUUCAAGGGGAGUCUGCACAACAUGCCUGUGGUGCCUGAAAUUCAAAUGAUAUUUCGAGGGGCAGCUAAUCUCACGCUUAAAACUCCCAAUGUACUCAUAGAUGGUGUUAAGGGCAUUACAUGCCUGGCCUUUGCAAGCAGUGGGAGCACAACUAACCAAAUUGCCAUUAUUGGAAAUCAUCAACAGCAGACUUUUAGUGUAGCCUAUGAUGUGUCCAAUUCCAGAAUUGGUUUUUCUGCUGGUGGCUGCCGUUGA